AACCUGUUUACAAUAGUCUUAUUUUCAGUAUUUUACAAGUGAAACAACCAGAUCAUGGAAUCUCGUGAUGAUAUUUGUCUGCUAAUGGACAAGUUGAUGAUUCAAUCGCUGGAGUUGAUCGAACAGGAGGUAAAGCUGAAAACUAACAUCGAAACUAUCACCAACGAUGGCCAGCUGGACUUGGCUUAUACUCGAUAUACGAAGGGACCAAAUUCGGCCUCGGCUGUGCAAUUACCAACCGAAGACUACAAGGAAUUUAAGGCACUCUGUUCGGUAGAGGAAACCCGUGAUGAAUUGGGCGAUGUAAAGCUGAACCUGACCAAACAUGAGGUUAACCAUGAAUCUGGCUAUAUCAAUCCACUCAGGUGGUUCGGAAUUCUGAUACCAGAGACGCUGCAAAAGGCACGUGAUAAGUUCAGCAGAUCGCUUGAGUAUGUUGUCGAAUGUGCUAAUGUGCAGAUUGAGUUGAGAAAUUUAUUGUUAUGUUAUGAACAACUGAAUAAACUGAAAAAUGACAUGUAAA